AUGCAGAACGUGCCCCCAGGCGCAGCGGAGCCUUUCCUCAGAGACCCAGUAUUGAUGGACGGCUCAAUAGCAGAGACACCAGAGAAGAGAGAGCGUCGUGACGGUGUCCGCCGACGGCAUACCCCCUCUGCGCCUUUAAUAACUCCGCCUUCCUCUGCAGAGGGCUACGGUCAUGGUGUUUUGUCGAUGCGCCUACAUUCUGUAUGAACAGUCGUUCGAUAACUUAUCUCUCCGCGAAAGUCCCAAAAUUCAAUGGUUUCAUGGAAGGUCGCCUUUAGAACGCGCUCACGUGAAAUAUUUUUCGAUAAAAACGUGUAUUUUUUAAUCUUCAUUAACAUUUUCAGACUUUACUCGCUGAUAACUCGGUUGCUACUGCCAAUGAGUGCAGAAAAAUCAAAUAAACGGAAGGCCAAUGAAAGCCUCACGGAUAUCUUCGACACACUUUCCGCUGCAAAGAGGUUCUAAAAAGCCUUUUUUAAUACCGGGAUCAUAUUAAAUUACAGAAAAAGCCAGCUGACUCAGCUUCGUGAUCUCAAUCUCUACAAGAAGAUAAUUAAGACUUACAAGGUGAAGGAUUUUUUUUUUUCUUAAAAGCUUCUGUGAAGAUUAUCACAAGUUAAAAAAUGAAACUAAAUUGCGCUGUUUGGAGUUUUCGAAAGAUUCCGCGUCAAAGUGGUGAAUAUUGCUGCGCAAAAACUGUCAGCCGUACAAAUUCCGAUUGAGUGUUAAUCUCUGAGGGUUUUAUGAAAGAAAAUACCGGUCUUUCAACAUUUUGCGCUCCAAAGGAACAUUUUUGAAGGUACCAAAGAAUUUUUUGCUUUAGAACUUCACAGAUAAUGCUUUCAAAACGAUGAUUUCGAAAAUUUUCAGUCCCCGAACUGGUCGGGAUGCGGUGUAACGCCGCGGGACCUGGCCGACUACGGCUGGGAAUACGAGAAGCGAGACCUUGUCAAGUGCGUCGAGUGUGAGCAACAUCUUUCCACCUCCCUGCCGCCCAUCUCCAAAGUCAGCGUCAACGUCUACAACAUCUGCCUUAAGUCUUUAAGCGCGUGAAAAAUGAAUAUGAAUGCAAAUUUUGAGGAAAGUCCACGACAACAUGAUUUCGGCGCACCGGCCCACGUGCAAGCAUCGCGUCCGCGCGCCGCCUUUCCGGAUCGUCGACCCCACGGCCAAAGAAGUCCUGGCCGGUAUCGAGGAACGCCUUUCCACCGCUUCUUCUGUCGCUCCCGAGGAGCUUAUCGUUGUCCGUUUUUGAUUUAUUAUAGGCCAGCUUAUCAAUAUUUUUUCCCUCUGUUACAUAUCCCUCUUUCUUCGAUGCGCCUUUGAAUUUUCGAUAUAUUGAAGGCGCAGUGCGUUCUGAAGAAUGAAUUAUUGUACCUCAGCGGAAAAAAUAUUGACAAGCCGGCGCGUAAUGAGCUAUAAUGCAUAGAGAAGCGAAAGAUUUAAAAAAUACCUUUAAAAAUUUUUUUCAAAAAAAGUCCAAUUUUCAAAAAAUUUAGUUAUUUUUUUGUUCUAGUCUUAAACGAUUUUCAGUCAUUUCAGAACUUCAGACAGAUUUUUGACCAUUUUUGAAAAAGACAAAAAAAAUAUUUAGGCCAAAAAAAGCAAAAAAAUCUGGGCUGAAGUUUAAUUUUUUUGCUUACAGGACAUUCCGAAAGACGCGCCGAUCCCCGUCAUUGAUAAAUAUCCGCCAGGCCUCGUUUUCAUUUCGACUCUUGGCUGGAAAAUGUCCAAAUCUCGCCGAGGCCUUCUGCAGAUUAACUGCGAAUUUUGCGCCCGCGAAAUGAUUUUCAGGUUUUUUUUUCAAACUUUGAGCGAAAAUACUCAUAAAUUUAAUUCUUUUUGUAAUUUUGAAGAUUCCUAUAUACUUCUAGCUCAAAGUUAAACAUUUUUGGAGGAUAAAGAGAGCUUCUCUAUCGAUAAUGUUGCGUAAAAGCUGAAGUCGGAAGAUUUUUUUCCCGAAUAAUCAAAAAUGUUCAUUUCGCAGCACAAUAAUUUUAUCAAAUUAACUGAAAUAAGGUAUAAAAUAACCGUUUCAAAAUUAGUUCAAUAAUUUUUGCUUUAAAAGAUAAAUAAACGCAGUUUCGGUUCCUAUAAUGUAACGAACAUGGUCAGUCACUGAACAGCUAAAGUUGAAGUUUUUCAAAAGUUUUCUGAUUUGUAAAGUGAAAAAUGAAGUAUUGUCCUUUCAGAUUGAACAAAGUUUUAAAUUAGCUUGGAAGGACCCAAUUUUUCUUAAUAAUUCAAAACAAAAUAAGGUCACUUUUACUGAAAUUACUCUGAAAACGCGCCAAAAUAACACAAAGAUUGUCAUUGAACAACUUGAUUUGAUAUGAAACAAAGAAACGAGAUUUUUCUAUCAGAUCGAGUACGAACUUCGAUCCUGUUCGAAAUCACGAACGUUGGUGUCCUCAAGUCGACGCCAAUGAUAAUGGGGAACCUUGUUGGCGUGCCGAGUUGGACAUUGUUCUCAAUGCGAAGAAUAAGGUGAGAAUCUACUAAAUUUUGACUAUCCUUGAAAGCAACUUUAAAAAAAAGAAUAGGAUUCAGCCUUUUCCUUAUUUAGAAACUUUUGAAUCAAUUGAAAAUAUUUAUUUCUAGGAAAGACAGAGAAUAAGGCAUUUUUCAAGGUUUGGAUAUAUAUUUUUCAUAAAAAAAUUGUUCACUUUUUUUAUGAAAAACUCUUCACGAAUCUUUGAAAAAAAUGUACCGCUAGUUUUUUUGAUUAAAAAUUAUCAACUUUUCCAUAGUUUUAUCGAAAUUUGAUUGAGAAGGUUGAAGAAAGAUCAUUAAAUACGUUUCUGUCGAAAAAAUUUUUUCCAAAGCAUUUUUAAUUGUCAAAACAGUACUUUGAAUUUCUAUGACAGUUUCACUGGAAAAAUCACCACAAGUUUUUUUUUUCCAAUUUUCGAGGACUUUUUCCUGAAAAAGGGUUUAUUUAACUUCAUUUUCAAUAAUUACUUUUCCUAGCUCCUUGAACCUUCAAUAAUUUUUUUGAAAAAAACACCGAGAGUUUUUUUCUAAAUGAAAAACCGCCUGAAAUUAUUUAAAAAAAUGACUCUUCUAGGUGCCCCUGAUCGACAUUAUCCGCUAUGAAAGAAGCUCAAGUCGUCCGUCGGAUACUCAGAAACUCGCUCAGCUCGGUCAUUCCCACCUGAACAUCUAA